UUUAUUCCUCUUUAUCACAUACUCUUAAUUUCUCGCUAUAAUUUUUACAUAACAUGUCUCCUUCAAUGGGUGCUUACCAUGCUGAUGAAGAAGAAGAAGAUCAUCAGUUUCACAAAGGAGUGAAGCAUCUCUGCGAGAAAGGGAUAACCGAAGUUCCUAAAAAAUACAUUUUACCAGUCUUGGAACGCCCUAAUGCAGGGAAAGACGAUGGUAUCUUCUCUAACAAUGAUCAUAAUCUCAUGUUACCGGUGAUUGAUUUUGCACAGUUACAAGGCUCAAACAGAGUUCAAGCUCUCCACUCUCUUUCUAAAGCUUGCGAAGAAUAUGGCUUCUUCCAGUUGAUAAACCAUGGCAUUUCUAGUGAAGUUACAAGUAGAAUGGUUCAGGAAGGAAGGAAAUUUUUCGAGCUCCCUUUCGAGGAGAGAUCAAAGUACAUGUCGAAAGAUAUGUUUUCACCAGCAAGAUAUGGAACAAGUUUCAAUCAGAACAAAGAUAGGGUGUUUUGCUGGAGAGAUUUCUUAAAGCUUGGUUGCCAUCCCCUCUCAGAAAAUCUUCCUUUCUGGCCUUCCUCUCCUUCAGAACUAAGGGAAGCGGCAGUUAACUACUCUGAACAAACAAAAUUCUUGUAUAUGAUGCUUGUGGAGGCAACCCUAGAGAGUCUAGGACUUGUGGGAAACACCAAAAGUGGCAAUGAAAAUGAAAGUUACUUAAAAGAAUUUGAAGACGGAAGCCAAAUCAUAGUGGUGAAUUGCUACCCUUCAUGCCCUGAACCUGAUCUAACUCUUGGCAUGCCAUCCCAUUCUGACUAUGGCUUCCUUACACUUCUUCUGCAAGAUGAAUUAGUUAAGGGUCUUCAGAUUCAGCAUCGAGGGAGAUGGGUCACUGUGGAACCCAUUCCCAACUCUUUUGUAGUUAACGUGGGUGAUCAUCUUGAGAUAUUUAGCAAUGGUAGAUACAAGAGCGUACUUCAUAGGGUUCUUGUGAAUCCUUCACAGUCUAGGAUCUCCAUCGCCUCAUUACACAGUUUACCUUUCAGCUGCGCAAUUCGACCGUCGCCGAAACUCAUUAACGACGCCAACCGUAAGCGUUACAAGGACACAGAUUUUGCAAGUUUUAUGGAAUACAUUACAGCUUGUGAACACAAGAAUAAGAAUUUCUUGGAAUCCAGGAAAUUGGACUUGAUUGGAAAAUAGAAAAAUAAACCAAGAAAAGUCUAGUCUUUUUGACAUUUUGUAGGAGAAAUAUUAAUUAUUUUUAUAUGCAGCUAGCUAUCAAAGAUUUGUUGGAAAAUGAGAAAGAUCAUAGACAGAUCUGACUAUAAAUUGCAUUCUGGAAAUUUAUGUAGCAUAAAGGCAUAUGCUAUUAUGCUUC